CGUCACCGGCACCACCAGAUCACAACAGACCGCGUCCGAAGCAACACGCACGGAGUUACACGCUCGUGUUAAGUGAAUACAGUGCUCAGUGAUUACUUGAUAUUGAUAACGAUGGCCAAACUACUGUGGUUCGUGGCGUUAGUGGUGAUAGUGGAAGCUGCACAUGUACACCAUUCCAAGUUCCGGAAAGGGACGGAUGAGUACGAGUCGUCCGCUUACAAGAAAGUACCCUGCUCUAAUGAUCACGAUCGAGAGCGAAAUGAAAUCAUGAACAAGUCAAGUUGUGGCGCCCCCAAAGAAGUUUUCGUACAUCUAGCCCCUCAAGCCACAUAUGAACAGGUGAGCCCAAGCGCGGUAUGGGUCAAACGCUGCGUCGGGCUCUGCGACCACGCCGCCUACGGCUCCCGCUGCAUGCCCACCAAAAUCGUCCAUAGGAACAUACCCGUUCGAAUAUACAACGCGAAGACCAACAAAGCAACGUGCUCCACGUACAGGGUGGAGGAGCACGAGGCCUGCGGCUGCUGCUCGGCGUCGGGCGAGAAGUGCGAGGAGAAUAGAGUGUUCAAUCCUCGUAAGUGCUCCUGUCAGUGUCCGAACAUGGAGGAGAGGCGCAGUUGCCUACGCAAGCGGAACCAGAAUUUGAGGUGGAAUCGGUCUAAGUGUGCAUGCGAGCCGCGGAGGCGAGCGCUUAAGUGAGCAUCCCUGACAAACUGUGACACGGUGAAACUCAGCUCGAAGGUGAA